AUGCUUCAAAACUGUGAGGUUGCUAGCAAGCGAGUGGAACGGGGACAAACAACCACAACGGACCCCAACGAUGAUUUAGCCUUUGAACGGCACACCAGUGCGCCAUAUGGCCCAGUGAAAGUCAAACGGUACCGCAUUCAAAAUAUCGUACUGGAGAUUUUGUUGGUUGCGGCUCUUUGCCUCGUGCUCGCAGGGAGCAACAGCUCAACAGGGAAACUUGAGAAGGACAAUUAUGAGGUGUUUAUCGACUGGCAGAAUGUUUGGGUGUGCACAGAUGAGGAAUGCCUGACGCACGAUAUUGAAACGACGUUGUGCAAGAAGUUUGUCACAAAUGUGACGGUAUUUCACAUCUCGGCAUUGGGGUUUACAAUACCAUGUUUCUUGGCGAUUGUUUUUAACACUACAAUGAUCUUCGGCAACGCUUUCGUUCCCAAGACCUUUAUGUUAUUUAAUCUUGCCCUUUGCACUGUUGCGUCUGCAGUCGCCGUUAAGGCUUCCGUAGACACUGUUUCGUCACCACUUUGCUACAAAAUGACGUUAAGGUCACUUGGCUUUGAGUAUGGGCCAGCUGUAAUGAUUUUCGGAUUCAGUCUCGCGUUUUCUGUGUUGUCCCUAGUAUUUUGCACUAUUUUCCUCAACACAAACUCAGAUCGUUUGUCUGAAUAA